UUUUGGUAACUCUUUAAAACCCAACAAGAUGACUUGAAACCAGAAUGAGUAUCUUUGCAAAAUUCCAUUUUGUUGUUGAGAGAUCCAAAGAGAUUGAGAAUACAAGGCUUUAGAAGCCUUUGAUCAUCAUUCAUCAACAAUGGGAAACAUUGUAAAGCCUUUCAAACAACAACAACCUUUUGCUUACCAGCCUCUCACCGUUCCUCUAAUUUCAGUGGAGGCACAAAACGAGGAUCUGAGAGUCUUCAGAUUUACGGAUUUGAAGAAAGCAACCAAGAAUUUCAGACAAGACAGGGUCGAAACUUGCGAGGAUGGCUCUGUUCGAAAAUACUACAGGGGCUACGUCCAUAAAACAACAUUUGCUCCAUCAAGAAAUGGAAAAGGAAUCGCUGUUUCUGUCAUGGAAUGUGAUAGUGUAUGCCCUCUACAGGACUGGAUGGCAAGAGCGAGGUCUCUACAACACAUUUCUCACCCCAAUUUGGUCAAACUUUUGGGUUACUGUUGUGAAGAUAACAAAACACUCUUCUUGGUUUUUGAAUACUCGCACAAAGGAAGCUUGGACAGUCACAUUUUCGGAAAAGAAGAUGCAUUGCCAUGGGUAAUACGGGUUAAAAUAGCCAUUGGAAUAGCUCAAGGUGUUGCCUUUCUCCACUCGAUCAACAAGUUCCCGCUAAAUCAAGAACUUCAAAAGCAUAACAUUAUGCUUGAAGAGGUGCAUUACAAUGCAAAACUGUUUUAUCUUGAAUCAAUCAAACCGAGCUUGAUGACAGUAGGUCAAGUCAUGGUAAUACCUGGUUACGUAUCUCCUGAAUGUGUAAUGGCAGCUCAUAUGGGAAUGGAGUCUGAUGUUUACCUAUUUGGUCUGAUCUUGCUUGAGCUUUUAUCUGGUUCAAACCAUCGAAAACUAUUAAUCAAGAUCAUGCAAAGCUCAGAUGUCUGGAAUACAUCUAUCUUGCCCGAUCAUUAUAUGAUUGAGGAAAUAAUCGAUCCCCGACUUGGAACAGAUUACCCUGCGAAUGCGGCAAUACAGAUGGGCACACUCAUCCAAAGAUGCACCAAGCGGGACAAGAAGAAACGACCAUUGAUGCAACAAGUUUUGGAUGUUCUUGAUUAUAUUUCAGAGAUUGAGGAUUAACGUGUAGAGGUUUAUUGAUGUUUGACAAUAAUAAAAGAUAGGGGUUUACUUGUAAUAAGUGGAAAAGGCAUGGUUUAGCCAAGACAUAUAAACAAGAAUCAUAUCUUAACUUUUA